GUCGUGAGAGCUGUGCUAUUGAUAAACAUUCAGAAGUUAAAAGGCAGGCUAAGGAGAACGACGUUACUUAUCGAAAUAACAGUCGCCCUAAUAAGAACACAGAGGAAACGGAAGUCAACAGAGAAUUCGAAAGCUAACAAAAUGUUGAAAUUCUUGGUAGUGUCAAGUAUGGUGAUAGUGUUCGUCGUGUUGUCCAUGGAUGAAACGAGCGCCCUGCCGAUUUCCGACACACACGUUCACAACCGAGUGAAACGAAUGAAGGCUAGUCCAGAUAUAGAAUUGGCUUGCAAAAAAUGCCGAGAAAAUCCAAAUUUGGAUAUUUGUCCACUUAUAACGGCAAUGUGCAAAGAUGACGAUCCCUAAAUAAACACAGAUACCAAUGGUAAUCGCAUCCCUUGACUCAUGAAUGCCGGGAACUAAACUAAUUACACGUUAAGUGGAUGCAAUCAAAACUUUGUAUUAUAAGAGACCACUGACUUCAUUUAUGUUCAUGAAAAGGCAAAAACCACUAAGUUGGUCAUAUUGACAUGAUCAGAAACGAUCGGACUGGAGCAAUCCUAUUAGAUUAGGCAAUAGCAUAGGGACUAAUGAAACAAACAAAAAACAAUGUUAGGAAAACAUUGAAAAAUAACACCAAGUUCAAAAGAUACUUAAUUUUUGAUUGAUAAGGGAACGCUCAAGAUUUCUAAAAUAACAAUGGGCUAAUAGUACAGGGUGUUCAAAAAAAUGCAACCCAAAGAAAUCGCUAUAUCUUGGAGAAUUCUUAUCCAAUUGUGUUCAUAUUUUCAGGAAAGAAAGAAGAGACUGUGUAUGUAUAGCUCCUUUUGUUAGUUAGUUGUAAAACAUGAUGUUUUGUGCACCUGCU